GGACUUCGUUUGACGUUUCAUAAAUGACAAAUAAAACCAAGGUUCCGUUUGUUUGUACAUCUCAAAAUAAAUUAUUUUUUAUUAACAAAUAAAUAGUUUAAUUAAUAAAUUACCGUUCAAAUGGCGACUCCAACCCCUGAUACUUCUGAACAAUACGAUCAGUUCGAAGAUGAUGAGUCUGAACAGCAAUUGGGGGCUACAGCAUCUGGGCGUAAACGACUAUUUAGUAAAGAACUUCGCUGUAUGAUGUAUGGCUUUGGAGAUGAUCAAAAUCCAUACACAGAGAGUGUUGAUUUCCUAGAGGACCUGGUUAUCGAAUUUAUUACGGAAACUACUCAUAGAGCUAUGGAAGUUGGUAGACCAGGUAGAGUUCAGGUAGAGGAUAUAAUAUUUCUGGUUCGUAAAGAUUUUCGAAAAUAUGCUAGAGUUAAAGACCUUCUUACAAUGAAUGAAGAAUUAAAGAAGGCUCGAAAGGCCUUUGAUGAAGUUAAAUAUGUUGCAUUCUUAUAUUAUAGAAGAUCAACAAUAAUAUUGGCAGUUCAUGUGAUGCCCAUGCUUCUAGAGUGAUGCAAAGUGAUAAGUUUCAAUAAAAAUUGGACAAAAACUGUGAGUAUUGCUUCAAAUUGUGCAACUGGCGAUAAUCAAAUAUUUGGGUCACUUUUAUUUUGUAUUAUUUUUAGUAUAGACUGGAUGCACAAUGUUUGCUGUCCCAGAAAGAUUCCUAGACAAGAAGUACCUUUCUGCAGAAAAAAAUAAAAUUUCCUGGGAUUAAUGUUACAAAUGUUUAUGUUGUGGUUAUUAAAUUAUACAUGUAUUAUUGAUGGCACAAGCAAAGGUCAUAUCGUUUCAAUGAGCUUUUGUAUUGAUAUUAAUAAUAAUAUUAAAAUGUUCAUUAAAUAAAAAUUAAAGGUAAAUUGUUCAA